AUGUUUUCGUCGAAGGAAAAUGUACUGCUGUUAUCUAUAAGACUAUAUAGGAUCAGAAAUUUCUUCAUAAGUCGAAGAUUUAGCAGUCAGAUUUCGGAAAGAAGCCAAACUUCGUCAGGACCAGCUCCGUGUAAUAUUACUGCAGACGACGCAGUUGUUUAUGUCCACUGGCCUUACUGUAAAAAAAGAUGCACCUACUGCAACUUCAACAAAUAUAUCAGUGCGAGUGUGGACCAUGCCAGGAUGCGCAGAUGUCUGGUACAGGAAACAGCCACACUUCUGCAGCAGAGUGGAGUCAGGCGGGUCAACUCUGUCUUCUUCGGAGGAGGAACUCCGAGUCUUGCUUUACCUCACACCAUGGCUGUAGUCUUGGAGACAAUAUCCCAACAUGCACUGCUGCCAGCUGAUGCGGAAGUUACGCUCGAGGCCAACCCCAGUUCGACGGAAACGGACAAACUCAGGGAAUUUAAGACCGCUGGAAUCAACAGAUUGUCGCUUGGUAUCCAAGCUUUCAGUCCUCCUGACCUUCAUCUACUUGGAAGGGACCACAGUGUGGAAGAUUCCUUAAGAGCCCUACAGGAGGGAAGAACCCUGUUUCCUGGGAGGGUGUCAAUAGACCUGAUCUUCGGCAGACCUGGUCAAACUGUGGAGGCAUGGCGGGGGGAGCUGCAACAGGCCCUGUCUGUGUGUGACGACCAUGUCUCCCUGUACCAACUUACACUGGAGAGGGGAACUGCACUGUUCAGACAGGUGGAGAAGAAACAACAGACUGUCCCAGACCCAGACACCAUGGCAGACCUGUAUGCCUGUGCCAGGGAGACGCUACAGAAUGCAGGCUUUCAACAGUAUGAGGUCUCCAACUUUGCAAGAAAUGGUGCAGAGAGCAGCCACAACCUGUCUUACUGGAGAGGGAAACAGUACAUAGGAGUGGGGCCAGGGGCCCACGGCAGAUUUGCGUGCAAAGGUUUGGGCCGGACUGACCGUGAGGCGAGGAUACAGACUCUGGAGCCACAACAGUGGAUGGGACGGGUGGAGAGACUGGGCCAUGCUACUGCGAAGAGGACUUCUCUCUCUCAACUGGACAUUCUGGAAGAAAUCCUGAUGUUGGGACUGAGAACCACAGAGGGUUUGGCCAAUGAGAGAUGGGUGCGGUUUUCAGGAGGAACAUCACUUCAUGACAUCUUUGGGACGUCUGUGGCAGCGCAGGGCUUCGUGAAUGCUGGUUUGUUGGAGCUAUCUCACAGCGUUCUGAGGGCGACGCACACAGGCCUGGCCGUGUUGGACAGCAUCAUUCCAGACCUUCUCCUGGCAACCCAGGACUGGUACAGGCACAGAUGUGAUGAUGGGGAUAAAACUGGUCUCCACUACACUUCUGGCAGAGCCGAAUAAAUAGGAACUACAAACUUUAAGCUAGUUGUCAUAUUUUCCUAUCAUUGCCUCAAAUACAAACAAAUCUACAUAAGGACCACCUGGUCAAUAUGCCGGUCAGAACCAAUUUUUCUUCUUAGACCAGUCCAGAAAAAAACACAAUCCUUACCUACCAUUACUUUUUGGGUACAGGUCUGGCUCUGGCUAUUUUUAAACCAUAUUUUAGUCAUUUUUGUCAAGCUUUUUAUUUUCUUUAAUAAAGCUACCAUUUUCAUGUCCGCUGGCCAAACAACACUUAGAACACAGUACAAGAUGGAAAGCAUGACAAAAAUGCCUUAAACAGCCGGAGCCGAUCAUCUGCUUGGAGAGUGACUGUGUCUGAGUUACCAGUUCUACCAAUUUGAGUGCUAAUGUAUGCAUGACCAAUAAUUGCAUUUUUGUUGUAAUUUUUGAUGUUCUACGUUUCAUGAGGGGUGGGUGGGGCUACAUCUACCUGAAGAAGGUCGGAGUACUUGACCGAAAAUUUGUUGUGAGUCUUUCUUCUGUU